AAACAGACCUUUUUUAAAGUAGAAAGACAAAAAAUGAACUUUUUUAAAAAUGGAAGGAUCAAAAAGGAACCUUUUUUUUGUCUCUCUUUAGUCCCUCUACCUUAGAAUAUCCAUCAUAAAAAAUGCUAUAUUUGCAAAAACUUGGUGAACAGCCAAUUGAUGCUAACGGACUGAUGUUUAGCCCCCAAGCAGCAAGAGAAUAUGCCCAAGGAUCAUUACCCCAAUGGCUGCACAUGCAGGUGGGUGGAAGUUUUGAAAGGAAAGCAUAAUUUUAGAGGAUGUAUCAUUGUUAUGGAUCAAGCAGCAAGAUUAAUCAGUUUUUCAUUUGUAGUCAAGUAGUAGAAAUUUGUUAUUGGUUACAUCUGGUGAAGAAAUGUGUUUCCACUCGUGAAUUAUUCUUCAAUUUGUAAUAUUAUAUCAUUUGUAGAAAAUUGAUUCUAAUCUCUAUGUGUAUCAUCUGACUGAACAGAGAGUUCUUCAGUGUAUCGUUCCUAAACAAAUUCUUCUGAAAUGCAUGCAGUUUCUGAGGAUUGUUCCUUCUGCUGUUGUCUUUUUACCGAUUACACAAUCUGUUCUAUGAUGCAAAUCAUUACAAGUGCCAAAUGUGAAUUGAAUGGACAUGUAAUCAUCUGAAUAGUAAAAGAUAAAAACAUCUAGUGUCAAAACUAGCCUUCUCAAGAGUUUAAAGCAUGUAAAUGUUGAUUGCAUUGGACUGGAAAACUGCAACGAAGGAAAGAUUAUGCUUGGUUUCCAUGCAAGCAGAGAUCAGAAGAUCCUAGAGGUAAACUAAUGAUUAUAUUAUGAUGUUGAUACUGGUUGCUAAUUGAAGUUGCAUUCAUAUCUGAUUCAUGCUGUUAUUUAUCUUAGAGAGCAUGCAUGAUGGUAUUCUUUUCAAACUUCAGAAGAUAAUUAACAUGCAAAGCAGGAUAGUUCCUAUAUAUCAUCUGCUGUAGUCUUCGUGCUUUGAGCUUGGAUUUGAUACUGUUAGAAACUGAAAGGUUAAAUGCUUAAUUUGGUCCCUUAACUUUAUGAAAUGAACAUUUUUCAUCCCU